GAUUGGCACAUCCGGGUUCCACUAGCAAUGUUGAUCAACACAUAAGGUACAAACUCAACAAUUUGUCUCAUCCUCAAAUGUUGCAAUAAUCCCUCCAUUUCCAAAAUUCAUGAUGCUUUACUUUUGCCCGAAGUCAAAAUUCUCCAACUUCAAAUAAACUUGUACAAAACUAUACUAAAAUUUAUACUAUCAAAUAAACACAUUAUCAAGCAGGAGAGCUGCCGACUAUUUUAAUAAAGAAGAAGACCCAAGAAUGAGCAAACAAGGACCUCAGAUGGCCGCCGCUGUUAAUCUUCCGGGGCCCGGCGAGGAUCUGAUGCGAGCGUUGGCGCCCUUCCUGCUAGCGGAUGCUCCUCCAUCCCCUCUGGUCAUGCCGCCGGCGACCCACCUCACCCCGGCCCAGAUGCAGUUCAUCCAGGCCCAGCUGCACCUGCAGCGGAACCCGGGCCUCGGCCCGCGGGCGCAGCCCAUGAAGCCCGCGGUCCCCGUGCCGGCGGCGGCGCGGCGGCCGCAGAAGCUGUACCGCGGCGUGCGGCAGCGCCACUGGGGCAAGUGGGUCGCCGAGAUCCGGCUCCCCCGCAACCGCACGCGGCUGUGGCUGGGCACCUUCGCCACCGCCGAGGUGGCGGCGCUGGCCUACGACCAGGCGGCGUACCGCCUCCGCGGGGACGCGGCGCGGCUCAACUUCCCCGACGUAGCGGCCUCCAGGGCGCCGGUGGGCCCGGCCGUGGACGCCAAGCUGCAGGCCAUCUGCGCCACCAUCGCCGCCGCGUCGUCGUCGUCCAAGGGAGGCAGGGCCAUCGCGGUGGCGGACGAGGGGUCCCAGAGCAACAGCUCCUGCUCUUCCGACGCGGGCUCGGUGCCCGGGUCGGAAGACGAGAUGUCCUACUCCACGCCGCCGCCGGCGGCGGAGAUGGGGCAGCUGGACUUGAGCGAGGUGCCGUGGGACGAGGCCGAGAGCUUCGCGCUCCGCAAGUACCCGUCCUACGAGAUCGACUGGACUCCCUGCUCGCCAACUAGCAGUUUCUUAAGAGGGCCGUGUUCAAAAAGAGGAAGAAGAAGACGAGGGUUGAGAUGACCAUGAGGUCGGACCCCAUCAACGGCGACACACACCAAUAGACACACGGUUUUAGCUGGAGGAAGUACGGUCGCCAGAAAGCAUGUUAUUGGAGGAAUAUGUCUUUUGUUUUCUUUUCAGAGCCUACUAAAUCUGCACGUUUGUGUUUCUCGCAAUAAUUUGCGUCUGCCUUUUGGGCUAGACCGUUCUUUC